ACAACUUUUAAAAAUAUGGAGUGUUGUAAAAAGCUAUUGAAACUCCAAUCAUACCUACAGAAUAGACAUAAGGGACUUUUUUUCAACUACCUACAAUCAAAUGAUUAUUUUGUUUGUGCUCAAUGGAAAUUUCCUACCUACAAGAUAAGAUCAUUAAUCAUGACUGAAAGUCGUAUCCAGCUCUUUGCAACUCAAUUCCCAUGCCACGAGCUAUACAGCUUAUUAAUUGGCCUCAUCAUUGUUGUAUGUCGUAUCGUGGUGAUAACAUUGAUUAGCAUUUAUCAUAACGCUACUGACUUAACCCACACCGCAUCUCCGUCACACAGGAUCCGCGCUGAAUCUGACAGCGGUCGGCGCGAAUCGACAGUUUUUGACAGAUGUCACGUGAACAAUGUACGUCUGGUAAACCACAGGGAGUAUAUGACUGAAGUGCUAACUGCAGUGGCCCACAUACUGGAAGAAAGGCAAUGGUGCAAUUUGAAGAUACCUGAAUUUCAAAUGGACGUAGACCAAAACAUCCUAAACUGGGACGUGAGUGGCACCGUCUCAUUUCAAAACGGCUUCACGGUAUCCAUCCAAAGACUAGAGAUCUUGGAGUCCAGUUUAAACCAGAUCUGGAGUUGGAACAACGUUGACGGUACCGGGACUGUUGAAGUCAGAGGCACCUUGAGGAUGCAUGACCUGACUGUUGGCUUCGAUGUUGUUGCCGACUUUGGUGAAAUCUUCAGAUCCAGUGCUACUUAUCGUCAUCCGCUGAUCACUUUUGCCUUUUCUAUCUUCCGAAACACCCAAACUUUAGCCACUUCAGUUACCGUCGUUGGAACCCAACCUAGGAGUCUCAACAAGCUUCAAUUUUUGCCAACUAACAACGCCACUGACGUUAUAAAUGCUUUGUACGACUCCAACAUAACCUUCACAGGCAUCACGUCGUGGUCUGAGGUCUUCCAGCCCAUUGCUCUGGACGUCGUCACCAAUAGGAUUAGCUUCCCUGUCAUCUGUUACAAUUGUCCUAUCACUUAAUGACAAUAAAUCAUGUCUUAUUUCA